CCAGACCAAAGACUAAGCAGUUAUUCAUGUGGUAUCAAGGUGCAAGAGGGUUUAGGGCCCGCUCGGCUGGCCCUCGUGUCCAUGGAGCGCACGGAGGCGGCCAGCGGCUGUGCCGGUUUGGCUGUGGGAUGCACGUGCCUCUGGAGAACUCCAGGUGCAGGGUUCUUAACCGCUGCUGCCAGCCGGGAUCCCAUGUUGUCAACAGUGAGGAAGAUGAUGACCUUCAAUAUGCGGAUCAUGACUAUGAAGUACCACAGCAAAAAGGUUUGAAGAAGAUAUGUAACAGGGUGAAAUGGACACGUGAUGAGGAUGAAAGGCUAAAGAAGCUGGUGGAACAAAAUGGUACGGAUGAUUGGGCUUUCAUUGCUAGUCAUCUACAAAAUCGUUCAGAUUUUCAGUGCCAGCAUCGAUGGCAGAAGGUACUAAACCCAGAAUUGAUUAAAGGUCCCUGGACUAAAGAAGAAGAUCAGAGGGUUAUUGAAUUAGUUCAGAAGUAUGGUCCAAAGCGCUGGUCUCUAAUCGCAAAACACCUGAAAGGAAGAAUAGGCAAGCAAUGCAGAGAGAGAUGGCAUAACCAUCUCAAUCCUGAGGUAAAAAAGUCUUCAUGGACAGAAGAAGAGGACAGAAUAAUCUAUGAAGCUCACAAGCGUUUGGGAAACCGAUGGGCUGAAAUAGCAAAACUUCUUCCUGGAAGGACUGAUAAUUCGAUUAAAAAUCACUGGAAUUCAACAAUGCGAAGAAAGGUGGAACAGGAAGGAUAUUUACAAGAUGGUAUAAAGUCUGAAAGAGCUAGUUCAUCCAAACUUCAGCCCCAACCUUGUCUGACUGUGGAACACUUGCACACUCAGAAUCAAUUUUACAUACCUGUUCAGACACAUAUUCCUGCAUACCAGUAUGCCUCACCAGAAGGCAGCUGUCUAGAACAUGCUUCAGCUUCUUCCAACUUAGUUCAGCAGUCAUUUAUUGAUGAUGACCCUGAUAAAGAAAAGAAAAUAAAGGAGCUUGAAUUGCUACUUAUGUCAGCAGAGAAUGAAAUCAGAAGAAAACGAGUGUCUUCUCAAGCUGGAAACUUACCUUGUUGGUCUGGAAGUUUUGUCAUGGAAGAUUGUGUGUCUAAUACGCUAAAUAGCCUUGGGGAACAAACAAGUGAGUUCUACAGCAUGGAUGAGACCCACAGCACAUCUGUUCAGCAGAAUUCACCACCUAAGUAUUUGGCUGUGGAAGCAAACACAAUGUUAUCAUCUCUACAAACCAUUCCAGAAUUUGCAGAGACGCUAGAGCUUAUUGAAUCUGAUCCUGUAGCGUGGAGCGAUGUCACCAGUUUUGAGCUUUCAGAAGUUGUUGCAUCUCCUGUCAAGCCAGCUCCGGUAAAACUAAUGCGGAUUCAACACAAUGAAGGGGCUGCUGAGUGCCAGUAUAAUGUCAGCGUUGUGCUUGAUGGCAAAAAACACAGUAGCAUCAGCGGCGAGGAAGAAGCAGUUUUUCCAACAACCCCAAAUUUAACUAAAUUCAGCACUCCACCUACUAUCCUGAGAAAGAAAAAGAGAUUGCGUGUUGGGCAAUCACCAGUUAAUGAACUGAAUGAUGGCUUGUGUAAUGAUGCCAUCAAUGUUGCACUAAAGCAUACACCAGUGAAAACACUACCAUUUUCUCCAUCACAGUUUUUCAAUACUUGCUCUGGAAAUGAACAAUUUAACCUUGAGAAUCCUGCAUUUACAUCGACUCCAAUCUGUGGGCAGAAAGUUCUUAUUACAACUCCUCUACACAAGGAAAUGACACCAAAAGAUCAAAAGGAAAAUGUGGGUUUUAGAACUCCCACAAUUAGAAGAUCUCUUUUGGGUUCAACACCAAGGACGCCAACUCCUUUUAAAAAUGCUUUGGCUGCUCAGGAAAAAAAGUAUGGUCCCCUCAAACUUACGUCACAACCACUUGCAUUCUUGGAGGAAGACAUUAGGGAAGUUUUGAAAGAGGAAACUGGAACAGAUAUAUUCCUCAAGGAGGAAGAUGACACUGUGUAUAAAAGCUGCAAGCAGGAGCACAAUUCUUCUAAAAAAGUCAGAAAAUCACUGGUCCUAGAUCCAUGGGAAAAAGAAGAGGUUGGUGCCCAGCUCUUCACAGAAGAUAAUAGUUUAGAUGCACAGUCAGAAAAUGCAUAUACCACAUCUUUAUUAAUGAUACCAUUGUUGGAAAUACAUGACAACAGAUGUAACCUGACAUCAGAAAACCAGGAUACAAAUCCAGCAAACAAAGCAAAUGCAGUAAUUAAGAAGAAACUGAAUGCAUGUGCUUCAAAAAAUGUCAAAAAGGAGAAAGCUCUUCAGUCAAAUUGUGAAUGGGAAGCGGUUGUUUACGGAAAAACAGAAGACCAGCUUAUCAUGACUGAACAAGCAAGAAGAUACCUGAGCACAUACACGGCUACCAACAGCACUUCACGGGCUCUGAUACUGUGAUGGUCACUGUAACUGACAACCAUCUCUUUCUGUUGAAACUGACACAAUGUUGAAGGCAAUUCCAGCACAAUACUUUUGAAUUAAGUCUUUACUUUGAGACAGUCUGCCAAGGGAAACCUUAAAGCUACCUUAAAGCUUCCUUUCUUCUUUUGACUGACAAAGAACAGACAUGAAGCCCUUGUAUUCUCUACGAAGGGAUAGUACAAACAGUUCUGCAAUGAAUUUCUUAAAUGUUAAAAAAGUAACACCCUAAAAUAUGAUAAAGAAUGGUAAAAUACAUUGCAGUCCUGACAACAUACAGUUUUUAGGUCUAUUUUUCAUAUUUAUUCUUUUGACUUGCAUUGCUUUUUUCUGUUAGUGCAUUUUCAACGUAGAGUAGGUUUAUAGGUUGUUACUGGUUUCCAAAUGAGCAACAUACAUGACUGAAUGUGCUUUUGCUUAUGUAGCAUUUUUCUAGUAUAUAAAGAAACACAAUGGAAAGGAGUUUAAAGGAAGGAUAGAAAGUUGCACUACUAAUUUUUUGGUAUGCUGCAAAACAAUGAAAUUAACUAC